GAAUCUGCAACACGUUCCGUUCUGAUCCGUGAUGGACCGACUUCCGUUGUGUCUGGUGCUCCUGGUGGUGGGGAUUUGUUUCUGCCACGCCUACGAGGCUCCUGAGGCCCAGGUGCGCGUGUUCUACCCCAAGGGUUUCGAGGUUUCCAUUCCGGAUGCACAUGGUAUCUCGCUGUUCGCCUUCCAUGGCAAACUAAACGAGGAGUUCGACGGACUGGAGGCUGGGCGAUGGGCACGAGAUAUUCCAAGUGCCAAACGGGGUCGUUGGACCUUUCGGGAUCGUGAAACAAAGCUAAGUCCCGGUGAUACUCUGUACUUCUGGACGUAUGUGAUUUACAAUGGACUGGGUUAUCGACAGGAUGAUGGAGCUCAUGUGGUCAGCGGCUACGAUAACAAAGAAAAUUAAUUUUUUCUUUCGAAAAAAUAAAAGUUUUUAAACAGAGCUUAAAGCUCUAACAGAAUCUUUGUUUAGAGAGCUCGGUCUAAUUAAUCGAGUGCCUCCCUUGGCUUUGAAAGAUUAAAUAAUCUCUUCUCAGUACACCAAGAAAAAAUAGAACUUAUACAUAGAAUUACAAAGAUGCUUAAAAAUCAAAAAAAAAAAAAAACAAAUUUUUCAGACCAGCAACUAACGUACAAUCCUUUUCUCUAUAUCAUCACAUUUAACGUGCAUUUUCUUAACGGUUAAGCAUAAUGUUUUCGAAUCAAUUGAUAUUUAAAUCAAAGGAAUAAUAAUACUUUAAUGUAAAAUCAUAUUUUAUGCACUCUCCGCUCGUCGUCAUUAUCCUCCACCGCUUUUCAUUGUGGCUGUGACGUAUUUAAUUAUUUUCGUUAGUAAAAACACUUUUAUCCAAUGCAAAUUUAUGCACUUUUAAACGCUGUAAUUAAUCAUAAAUAAAACGCGAGGCAUUAAUGGCCAAAUGGAGCGCAGGGCACUGCAAUGCGAUGGUCUGAAAAUUGCGUAAAAUGAAGCUCGCUCUCAAACCAACCGAUAUAAUUUGCUUUAUGCACUGGCAGGAAUGCACGUACUCGCAAACAGCGGCGUUCGUAAAAACAGAAACACAAAACCGUUCAGCAAACAUUUUUUAAGCAAAAUAAAAAAUGUAUAGCUAUAAUUGUUGGUUGCAAUUAUAGAUUAAAUAUCACCUGUUAAGCACAUGCAAAAUUACAUUUUUUAUAACAAAAAUUUAUUGUUACUUUAAAAAUUUUCAUUUUACUCCUACAAUGAGUAUUUUGGUUGAAGAUUUGUAUUGAAUUUCUUAAUUCGGGUAAUAAACGUAAUGCAAAGUACAUAUUACAAAGGAAAUAGGUUAUUAUUAAGGUAAUAAAACGUAUGUAUAUCUUAACAAAA